AUGCAAUACACUUCCGUAGAUGCUAACGUCAUCGUGGAAGAAGAAGAAGAUGCGGAAUCUCCAGCUCCCUCUGAAUCAUCUACUCCCUCUGAAUCAUCAGCUCCCUCAGAAUCAUCUACUCCCUCAGAAUCUCUAUCUCCCUCAGAAUCUCCAGCUCCCUCAGAAUCUCUAUCGCCCUCAGAAUCACUAUCUCCCUCAGAAUCUCCAGCUCCCUCAGAAUCAUCAGCUCCCUCAGAAUCUCCAGCUCCCUCAGAAUCAUCAGCUCCCUCAGAAUCAUCUACUCCCUCAGAAUUAUCUACUCCCUCAGAAUCAUCGACUCCCGCAGAAUCAUCAUCAGAAUCAUCAGCUCCCUCAGAAUCAUCUACUCCUUCAGAAUCAUCUACUCCCUCAGAAUCAUCAGUUCCC